AUGAGACCAAGAGAUAAAUUAUUAGUACUGUUUUCUAAUGAUGAAGAGGUGACUAAGAUUAAAUCAUUUAUCUUGCAAAAGGUAUUUAAACUGGAUAAUUCAAUAUUGGAAAAUGGUUAUAAUGUAAGCAUUCUAAAAGAUUUAGUUUGGGAGAAUAAAUAUUAUAGCUUAAAUUAUGAUUUAUAUGUUGACGAGUAUGAUAAUAUCGAAACUUGGAUCAAAGAAUAUAUCAGCAAGGAGUGUGAUGUUUUACGGGAAGUUUUAUCUGGAAUCAUAAUAAUAGACAAGUUCGAUAAUAAAACCGAUACCAACGAAUUAUUGUCAAUUAGUAAGAGUCUAUCUGUUAAUAAAGGCAGUGAGAAUAUCUUUAACAUUUUCAUAAACACAAAUAUGGAUUUUGAGGAUUCUAAGUUAGAAGAAAUCAAUGAUUCAAUAUUAGCUUCCGAGUUUGAUCAUGCAAUAGAGUUCUUGAAGAUAAGUUAUUCUGACAUCGAUGAAAAUAUUAGUUUUGUUCCAAUGGACAAUGUUACUAAAUAUGGGGAAAGGGUUGGUUUAUCAAGGGCUAUAGAUAUUAUAGAUACGUCUGAUUGGGAGGGCUGUAUACGAGUAAUGACUAAACAGAAGACUUCGAUAAAAAACAAAGAAAUACGACAAGAUAAUGACAAUGAGGAGCAUAAUAAUUUAGAUUUGCUACUAAAACAGUUGCAUAUAGCAAGAGAACAGUUUAACGCUUCGCAAAAUAAAAUCGAGGCAGAGAAGUUAGCUAAUGACUUAGCAGAGGAAAUUUCGAAGUUAAUUUGA